AUGUCGGAUUUAGACAGUGAAUAUCCAAAAGCAGAAAGUGCUAGACCGUUUCUACCAGAAGAAGAAGAAAAAAAAUUUGUAAAACUCUUCAAUGAACAGAAAUUUAUACCUAGAACAGCUAUUUUAAAAGUGUGGUUUAACUAUCCGAAAAACAUGUUCUUCCAACCGAUACCAGCUAAAGAUAAAAUCACUUUCACGAAUAAAGAAGGAAAAAAGGAAACUGGCAGUAAAAUCGGUUUUAGAAAUGGUUUCUGUUCAGAUGUUUUAACAUCGGUCGAUAUUCAAGAAAUAGUUAAAGCCGGUGGACGAAUUAUUAGAAUAUUAGAUGGUAUAGUAUAUGAAGAAAAUUUUAAAACUCCACCAUAUAGAGAUUAUAUUUUAAUUUUAAGAGAUCUUAGAAAUAAAUAUAAACGAGAAGGUAAUAUUGUGGGUAGUAAUUGCAUGAAAUUAUUAGGCAAUUCUUUGUAUGGUAAAUCUAUUCAGAAGGAUAGAAACACGAGAAAUCAUUUGUGGAAUGAAGUAACAUUUCAGGCUAACUUCGACUCACAUGUUAAAAACUAUGAAAAAAUAAAUGAUACUCAAUAUUUCGUUGAGACAAAAAUUAAAGAAAAAGAGAUUACUGCUUAA